AUGUUUUGGCCAAGUCGCUUGCUUUGCAUACAACUCACUGUGUUAGUAGCCAUAGUUCAUGGAUCAUCAAACGAUGAGUGUGAUUGCUAUCUCACUAAUGGCACCAACUCUGCAUAUUAUUCACGACACAGUUUCUAUGACUACCGAAACCUCGGGGACUAUGCUGGAGUUCCCAGUCCUAUCCAAAAUGCUUCCAGAACAGCAGGUGUAACAAGCGACUAUUUCUACAGCGACGCUUGGGAUACCACCUGGAGGAGUAUUCAAGACUGGAGCAAUCGCGGAAAGGGCGUUAGUCUCUCAGGCGAUGCAACUGUCCUAAUGAUCAACUCUCCCAACAACAUCUACAUCGAAAAGAAUGACGACAAAGAUGCAGCCUCGGAUACGUUCCUUACCAUGCGAACCAUGCGAUUUCCCGGUUUCCAAAGCGCUGCAGAGUUCGAGUCUGUGUCGACGUAUCACUACGUCUCAGUACGGAUGCUCGCCCGUGUCACCGGCAGCGCGGGCGCAUGCAUGGCUAUCUUCACGUACCUCGGGGGUGAAGAGCUAGCUGAUGUGCAAGAAGCUGAUAUUGAGAUUAUGACGCGCGAUCCCAAGAACCGGGUUCAGUACACAAACCAGCCCUCUUUCACAGAGGACGGCGAUGAUAUUCCCAAAGCUACUCGUAACGGUACUCUGCCCAAGGGUAUUAGAUGGGAUGAUUGGGUUGUGCACCGAUUGGACUGGACGCCCAAAAGCUCAACGUGGUAUGCUGAUGGCCAAGAGGUCGCCAGCAUAGAGUUCCAGACACCAAAGGACCCGGCACAGAUUAUUCUCAAUGCUUGGAGUGACGGUGGUUCGUGGAGUGGUAAUAUGAGCCUCAAUGGUGCAGCCUAUAUGCAAAUCCAGUGGAUCGAUAUGGUGUAUAAUGUUACAAAAGACAACGAGGAAAAGAGAGGUUUAGAUGGUCGCACGUUGGAGAGCGAUGCUACACAAGACGGUGGACUGGUACGUCGAGAUGAUAGUAAGGAGGGAUGUAAGGUCGUCUGUAGCAUCGAUGAGGCGGAUAAGGCUGGACAGACCAGAAUACAUUGGAAGAGUGCGGCAUCUCACAUGCUGGAUAUGCGAUACUGGACAAGGACGAUUGUGUUUGGAAUCAUGCUUUUGGCGUAUAUAUAA